AUGUCAGAGCUUUACAUUCGGGUGGCUGAGGAAGAAAAUGAGGAACCCAUGGAGAUCCCGUCAGAGGACGAUGGCACUGUUUUGCUGUCAUCGGUAGCAGCGCAGUUUCCAGGGGCUUGCGGGCUGCGAUACAGAAACCCAGAGACCCAGUGCAUGAGGGGAGUCCGGCUUGUGGAGGGUGUCCUGCACCCACCGGAGAACGACUGGGGAAACCUGGUGUACAUUGUCAAUUACCCCAAAGAUAACAAAAGAAAGAUGGAGGAAAUAGACGCUGCCUCAGUUGUGAAAAUUAAAAGGGGCUUUCAGAAGACAUCGGAUCUUAUUGUCCUCGGGUUGCCAUGGAAAACAACAGAACAAGACCUCAAGGAUUAUUUCAGUACCUUUGGAGAGGUCAUCAUGGUGCAGGUGAAGAGAGAUGCAAAAACUGGCAAUUCAAAAGGUUUUGGGUUCGUCCGGUUCACCGACUAUGAGACGCAAACCAAAGUCAUCGCUCAGAGGCACAUGAUUGACGGGAGAUGGUGUGACUGUAAACUUCCCAAUUCAAAGGCAUGUCCUGAUGAGCCGAUGCGGAGCCGUAAAAUCUUUGUUGGUCGCUGCACGGAGGACAUGACAACUGAUGAUCUGAGGCAGUACUUCAUGCAGUAUGGUGAAGUCACAGACGUCUUCAUUCCCAAACCUUUCCGGGCGUUUGCUUUUGUCACAUUUGCUGAUGACCAGGUUGCCCAAGCUCUGUGUGGAGAGGACCUGAUCAUCAAGGGUGUCAGCGUGCACAUCUCCAAUGCUGAGCCCAAACACAAUAAUAGUAGGCAAAUGAUGGAUCGAGGGCGUUUCGGGGCUGGUGGGUUCAAUCAGGGCUAUGGCAGUAAUCGCGGUGGACUAGGCAGCGGUAGCGGAGGGGUUAACUUCGGGGCUCUCGGUCUAAACCCAGCCAUGGUCGCGGCCGCUCAGGCAGCGCUGCAGAGCAGUUGGGGAAUGAUGGGCAUGCUGGCUAACCAGCAGGGUCUGACCACAACAGCAGGCACAGCCACUACAACCAGAGACCAGACCUAUAGCUCUGCGAGCACCAGUUACAGCAGCCCAAACUCAGCAAGCCUUGGUUGGGCUGCAGGCACUAACACGGCCACCAGCAGCGGCUUCAGCUCUGGCUUUGGUGCAUCUAUGGAGUCUAAGUCUUCUAGUUGGGGAAUGUAGAUAGCUACGAGCUAAUUUUUUCUGUUGCUAUAAGGCUGAUCUGGUAAGUAUACAUAUGAGGGGGAAUGGCUUAGAUAUUCUGUUAUUUAAAAAAAGAAAAAAUACACUGCCUUUUAUUUUGUUAAAGAGGAAAUUUAUACUUGUGUGUGACUUAUGUAGUCAUGCAUUGAAUGGGUGAGAAGUGUAGUUUGUUAGUGGAAGCUGCCACACUACCUGGUUUUGUUUUUUGAGAAUAUGUUCUACAAAGAUGACUGUGCAUGCAGGAUAAAAUUAUUUAUAAACGUGCACGAGUAUCUCAAGAGCCCCCUGAUUGCCUCUUGUGAAAUGAUGGGCUUUCUAUAAUUACAUAUAAAUAUAUAUAUGUAUGUAUGCAUUUGAUUUUAUCUUUGUUUUUGUUUGACAUCUUUUGGAAACGCCUUCAUGGAAAUCUCUUCUGCAGUUCACCAACUCUUUCCCAAUUUCCCGGGAGGAAGCGCCUCAUUGGCAGCAAUGUUCGACAGAUCUCAGUAUCAUUUCCCCUCCUCCCAUGUGUAAAUGCUUUGUCAUCCAAGAACACAGCUUCACUCUGCAUAUACUGUAUUAGACGGUGGGUGUUGUCUUUUUUUCCUCUCCCCCUUUUUAAUUUUUUAAAUUUUUGGGAUAUAGAAAUUUUGUCUGCUGUUGUCACGUUUUUGAGAUCAGUGAGUGGGAUUGGUGUUGGACCGAGUGAGAGUGAGCGAACGGGAGAGCGAAAUGAAAGAAAGCGGUGUGAGAAGGACUGUUGGUGCGGAGUUUUUUCUUUUUUGUUUGUUUUUCUUUUGGUUUGUUGGUUUUUUUGUUUGUUUGUUUUUUUUAAUUCAAAAGAGACAAAUGCCUGCGAGAGUUGAGAAGAACCUGUGGCUUUGUGCGAGUGUGAGAGGAAGAAACCAGUACGAGUGUGUUCAUCAUGGCCAUCACAAGGACAUUUAUUGCAUCUCGAGAUCCCUACGGUCUCUUUCUCUCAUUGUUUUCUAUCAACCUUAAUUCUUUAAAAUCACAGUGAAAUGUCAAGUGCUAUGAGUAUUUGUAUCCUUUUGUAGCUUUCUCUUGCUAUCUGAUUUGACGUGAAUGCUGUGUCUGGUUGUGUGCUUUACUUUCUCCUUGUUACCACCCUCUCUGUGUGAAAAUGUGACCUUGUGCUAGUGAAGUCUGUGUGGGUGGGUGGGGUUGGGGGACACUGAAAGAGUGCUGAAGUUUGAAAGCGAGCUCAGAAGUUGAUGUGGUGAAUGUUUGACAAGUUCCCAUUGAAAGUUUGUGUUUGAAGUGGUUACGAAUGCAUUUUCUAUGUUUUGUGAAUAAAGGGAAGUCUGAAAUAAAAUUGAAUUUGACUAGG